CCUCCCGGCCCACGCCCCCUCCCACAAUGCCACGCUGCGAUCCCCGGCUAUUCUUAGCGCCGCGCCGCGCCGCCUCGUCUUCCUCAGCCUUCCUCCUGCCUGUCCAUUCAGACGGUUCCUCUCUUCCAGAGCGUCUCUGCGGUUCGGAGCCGAAGAUCCGCCUGGAGGAAUGAGCUGCUACACGGUGACCCUGCCGGGCCCCGGGCCCUGGGGCUUCAGGCUGCAGGGGGGCAAGGACUUCAACAUGCCGCUGACCGUCUCCAGGCUGAACUCCGUGUUGGUGCUGCAGCUGCUGCUGCAGCAGCUCUUCGCUCUGCAGGCGUCGGUUUUCCUGCAGCCGCGUCUUCAGCUGCUCCUUGCGUCUGCAAUGCAUCUCCAAUGUGAACCGGGCCUGUGGUGUGUUUGCUGUGAGCAUGCAACUUUCUGGUUGGUUCUUCUUCUUCUUCUUGUUUUAAACACAAACCCAGUCGUCCAACCGUCCUGUCCUCCAUGUCUUCCUGGUCGUGUCCGUCCUCCCCUCAGCGCCGGCUUCAGCCCCGGCAUGCUGAUGGACUCGGGCCUGUCGGCCCAGAAGACCAUCGAGGUGACGGGUCCGGGCGGGAAGGCCACCAUCAUCCACGCCCAGUACAACACGCCCAUCAGCCUGUACUCGCAGGACGCCAUCAUGGACACCAUCGCCGGCCAAUCGCAGGCCAAGGGACACGAUGCUGGUCGUGUCUCCGUUAGCGACCGGCUGGUGGACAGCGCCUCUCCGGUCUACCAGGCGGUCCGGACCACAGACCAGAACCAGAACCAGAGCGACUGGAGCCGCCGCAGCGCCCAGACCUUCCAGCUGCUGGCCCACCGGACCCAGACCGAGCCCAGUAGGUCUGCUCAGCAGCAGGAUGAGGAUGAGGAGGUGAUGAAGAGGAGCAGCCAGUACGGGAUGGCCCCGCCCACGCUCCAGGCUCCGCCCCCUCAGCAGUACCAGCCAAUGCCGCAGCAGUUCCAGCCGAUGCCCCCGCUCUACCAGCAGCCCCCCCCACUCCAAGCCCCGCCCACCCAGCAGAGCUCCAUCCAGAUCCCCGUUGGCUCCGCCCCCCCGAAGGUGGUCAGCACGGCCUGCAUCUACCCCUCCCAGCCAGCUCCAGUGCCGCCCCAGCCCCGCCCUGCAGCAGCCGCGCCGGCCCCGCCCCCCGCCGCCCCUCCUCCGGGUUCCUCCACCGCCAACCGACCGCCCUGGGUGACCGACACCAACUUCGCUGAUAAGUUCGACCCGGGUAAGACCACCAGCUCCUCCGUGAAGGUCCAGCCGCUUCCUCAGGCGGCCCCGCCGACGUACAUCCCCAACCCGUCCCCCGCCGGGCCACCCGCUCCCAGCCCCGCCCCCGUCACACCGAGCCCCGCCCCCUUCCUUCCUGUGGCGAGGGGCGUGGCCCAAAGAGCAGAGCGGUUCGCCGCCAGCAGCCGCACGCCUCUGUGUUCGGCGUGCAACAGCGUCAUUAGGGGCCCCUUCCUGGUGGCCCUCGGCCGGUCCUGGCACCCCGAGGAGUUCAACUGCCACUACUGCCACGUCUCCCUGGCCGACGUCAGCUUCGUGGAGGAGCAGAACAACGUCUACUGUGAGAACUGCUACGAGGAGUUCUUUGCUCCGACCUGCGCCCGCUGCAACACCAAGAUCAUGGGGGAAGUGAUGCACGCCCUGCGGCAGACCUGGCACACCACCUGCUUCGUGUGCGCCGCCUGCGGGAAACCGUUUGGAAACAGCCUGUUCCACAUGGAGGACGGGGAGCCGUACUGCGAGACAGAUUACGUCGCCCUGUUCAGCACAAAGUGUCACGGCUGCGACUUCCCGGUGGAGGCUGGUGAUAAGUUCAUCGAGGCUCUGGGCCACACCUGGCACGACACCUGCUUCGUGUGCGCGGUGUGCCACGUGAACCUGGAGGGUCAGCCCUUCUACUCCAAGAAGGACAAGCCUCUGUGCAAGAAGCACGCCCACGCCAUCAACGUGUAGAGCUGAGCUGACCGAGCAGCCUGCUAAUGCUAACCACCAGCUGCUGCUGAUGAUUCUGCUUCCAGACAGGAAGUCCUGCUGCUGCCUGUGACCGGGUUCAGGUCAGAGACAGCCGGCUCCAAGCUGAAUAAUCCCUCAAGUUUCAGACGACGGGUUGAUGCUGGAAAACAUUUUAACGUCACGUUUAGUCGUUUAAUAAAGUUUGAUGUUUUAACACAAA